GUUUGUUCGAAACAGUCGCCAGAAGAAGUUCAAAAGCGAGCAAGACGAAAUUACCUUAGACGAGCACGAUCUCUUUAUAAUCCUUCUGGUCCGAGUUACACACCUUACAAUGUGCGAGCUCGAAAAUCCGAAACCGAGGGUCGAAAACGCUUCACAAGAGAAGAGCGUCGAUCAAAGCGUGUUAAGCGAUUGGUACGACAGCUUAGUCGCAGUUACCGAGAUUACUACUGUCAAUGGCAACGCGAUACCACUACCCUACAACCAGAGUGCAGCUGCAUGUGCUGAAUAG